UAAUUUAUCAAAACUUGGACCAGUUUAAGAGAAAGAUCUUGCCACUAAAGUUAAAAGGAUGGUCCAAAAUAGAAGACGAGGACAGUGUGGUAUUUGAAUAUUAUAUCUUACCUUUCAUCCUACCUAAAUUUUCUUUGUCAGUUGCUUCUGAGCUUAGUUUUUCUGUUGCGGUAUAUAACUGGGUUUUACCUGAUGACCAUUCCAUCUACAAUGACCACAAAAGAUCUCUGAAGUAUACCUCCAUCUCCACUAUACUGUCCACUUUGGAAACAGCUCAAAUUUGUGAAGGCCUGAGUAAAGAGGAACAUAUCAAUGCCCUAUGUGAAGAUCCCACUCCAAUAUCUGGUCCCAGCAGUGUAAUGAAGCAUACCAUCCCCAUUGAGCGAAAGCACUAUGAAGAGGAUGGUCCACCAUUUCAGGCACAUGUUUACAUCCGAUCUGAAAAUUGUGAGUUGCUUUGUAGUGACAUUGCAUGUCCCAGUUGCAGCAAGCUAGAGAGUACCCUUGGGAAAAUGAAAGAAAGUAAAGCCAAGCAGACACUUGAGCCUCUCAAAGCUAAUGCACCUCUGUCUAUUUCAAGUAAAGAAAGGUUGGUUACAACUGUUCAGAAACAAAGGUUGGUCUGUAAAGAACUUGAAGGUCGGAUAGUUGAACUGGAGAAAGAAAUUGAACAGAACAGUAUCUCGAUUGACGAAACAAUGGAAAAAGAUAUCUUGGCUAUUCUUGCUGACAGUUCUGCAGACGUUACCCCCACAUGA